AUGCCCGACUUGGCCUUAUCCAUGUCCUCUCCGAACGCAUCUCAGCAUGAGCCUGCCCAGCCCACCAUGGCUGAUGUCGUUUCCCAAAUGACGGGCGCGGACAGGCGUAUUUUCUUACUACUUACGUGCCCUCCGAAAUCGACCAACGAUCUGCACGGUCGCCCAUCUUUGAGGAAUGCCUUCAUCAAAUUCGUAUCGCGUGCUCGAGCAUACGAAUACCUCCCCCUGAACACGGUACCUGACAAGAAAAGCCGAUUUCAGCCUCCCCGCUGGCGCUAUGGGUACAAGUUCACUUUUGAACAGGCUCUUGCGGUCAAUGAGCAGCGUCUACCCCCCGACCAGCAAUUAUCGCCACUGAGCUGGUUCCGGGAGUGCUGUGACGACGAUGCUGACCCCGUCGCCGAGCGCGCUCGUGUUGCGGGUUCAUGGCUUGAAACCCGCGUGAAUGUUAUUAUGGAGGGUGACCAAGAAGCGCAAUGGUGCCACGCCUGGGAGAAUGGCGAGAGGAUUCUGGUGCUCAGUUUUAGGGACACAUGGCGUCUUGGAGAAGCGCCGGGUGCCGAUCAAGUCGCUGCAAUCAGCGAGUUGAUGUUUGGUAAAUACGUGGAGCCCAUGUGGGUUGGCAUUCAUGCAGGGCCCGCGAACGGAUUGGCCGCCGUCGCCGUCGAGAACGUUGAGGCUGAACGCUGCUCCGUCAUUCCCAUUCCAACAGGCGGCAACGUCAGUACCGGUCCAUCAAGUCCACCCGAAUUAGCCGGCGAUCCGCCGAAGCUUCUGCCAAAACACGUUGGGUCGACCUUCGGGUACACCAAGAGUGUCCGACACAAUCCGUAG